UGCGUGGUGAUUACUUACCUACUAAUAAGAAAAUCGAUGAAAUAAUCGAAUCUUGUAUUCCAGAAAAUACUUGCAAGGCUACACAAAAGUGGGUAAAAGCUCUAAAUAGGUGGUGGAAUAAUGUUGGAUAUUGUUAUUAUAUCGAAAUGGUCACUAGUAAAGACCAGCUUGAAAAGGAAAUGACAGAAUUUUUCUGUGGUGUACAAAAAAUUCAAGAUAGAAGCGAUUAUAGUCUCUCUUCAUUAGUUAACGCUUAUAAUUGUUUAAGUAAUUACAUUUAUAAGCAUCCGGGUGGUAGUCAAAAAUUUGUAAUUAACAAUAAAAGUGAAUUUUCUUUAUUGUGGGAAGUUCUUAAUGAAAAAAUGAAGGUAUUUAUGUGGUGUUGUCUCCUUUUUGCUCCACGUGGUGGUGAACAUAGUCAAAUGAAGGUUACACAGUUUACUUUUCUUAUACCUGUAGAUCCUGAAGGGUAUUUAGUGCUCGUUCAUGAUAUUAAGUUGUAUUUAAGCAAAAGACCCACAAAUUGUGCAUGUCAAUUUUUAUAUCUCAAAAUUAAUAAAGACAUUUAUGAUCGUGAUAUAGUUAAUCACUCAGAAAGAACUACACCAAUUACACACUUGUUUCGUGAGGGUAUUCUGAUUGUUACCUCGAUGUCAAUAACUAGCCAUAAAAGCGAAUCGUCAUAUUGUAUAUAUUCAAGGCCAAGUGAACAACAAAAAAAAGAUGUCUUGUCUACAUUGAUUAGUGUUACUGAUCUUCCGGAAUCUUGGGAUAAUGAUGGCGUUGAAGAUUUUUCAAUAAAAAACAAGAUCUG